AUGUCCAGACCUCAGUACCCGCCCAUGUCCUACCAUACGCCGCAAUCAAACUCCCCUGCCUCCGUGGCUUCAACAAGCGCCCAUGAUCAGCAGCGUAGUCUGUACGGCCAGCCGCCACCACUUCAUCAGCAGCAGAUGUACUAUGGCCAGCACCAGCAGUACCAACCCAUGCCGCCAUCGGCGGCUCCUUCACCAUAUGGCCAACACACACAACCCCCCCAUCAGUCCAUGGGCUCGCAACCCGGUAUGAUGAUGUCUCACGGCGCACCGUCCCCCGUGCCGCAUCAGAUGGCCCAACACCCGAGCCAGCACAGCCCGUCCGCGUUGGCGGGUAGCCCGCGUCAUGCAAAGAUGGAGGUCCAGAGUCUUACCCCUCAGCUCUCGCGCCAAACUGGUCCCCCGAACGCACCUUCGCCGCUCUCCAUGGGGCAAGUCCAAGCUCAGAAUUUGCAGGCGCAGAACAUGCACGCCCAAAAUCUCCAGGCACACCAGGCACACCAAACACAGAACCUGCACUCGCAACACCAGCACCACGUUCAGCACCCUCAACACGCACAGCACCCUCAGCAUGCGCAGCACCAGCAACACCCCCAGCAGCCUUCUCAGCACCCUCAGCAACACUCGGCGCACACGCCCCAGCCGAAUGGUACAAGCCCGCUUCCUUCUGGUCAGGCCAGCAGUGCUGGCCAGGCGGCCGUGAACCCAAAUGCAGCGCCUGGCCCGAUCCCUGCAACGACACCACUGGUGGUGCGUCAGGACCAGAAUGGUGUUCAGUGGAUUGCAUUUGAGUACUCCCGUGACCGUGUCAAGAUGGAGUAUACGAUUCGCUGCGACGUUGAGUCGGUGUCGACCGAUGACCUUUCUCCCGAGUUCAAGCAGGACAACUGUGUUUAUCCCCGUGCUUGCUGUCCUCGUGAACAGUAUCGGGGCAACCGCCUGCAGUACGAGAGCGAGUGCAACACCGUCGGCUGGUCUCUUGCCCAGCUCAACCCACCGUUGCGCGGCAAGCGCGGCCUCAUCCAGCGGGCGGUUGACAGCUGGCGUAACAGUAACCAGGACCCCCGGUUGCGGAGUCGCCGCGUCCGUCGCAUGGCGAAGAUGGGUUCACGCAAGAAUGCGGCCUCUACUCCCGGCAGCAUGACUUCAGGUGUCGGCCAUCAGUCGCCCGCCCACCUCGGUGGCCCUGUCACGCUCCCCAACGUCGGUACUCCAAUGGGUAAGCCUUUGCAUGGCAUGCCCCAGCAGCUUAGCCACCACGCCGACACGACGGCACACACUGGCGGAGACGAAGCUGGUAUGUUCCAUCAGAUGUAA